GAGCGGAGCGUUCGCAUGCCUGUGGCAAGAACCUCGAUAUUACGACGCGAGUGCCUCUGUGACAGAAACCGUGCGAAAUACUAAUAAAGUUCUCCUGUGACUGUGUUUGUGUACAUCAUUUGUUGUUUAUCCAUUCGUCUUGUUAUUCAAUCUAUUGCUGACAUCUAGGUCGACCAACCAAUCGAGGCCUUAGAGGACGACGCGAUCCAACUAAUUGCCGAGAUGAGGCAGGGUGCGUGAGGGCGCGGUGGCAUGGGGCAGGCGGGCAGCCAGCCGGCCGUAGCAGGCCCGCAGCGGGCACGCCGCGAUGCGCUGCCGCACGAGCCGCUGCGUCUCGCGCCCAAGGUGCUUCCAUCGCUGCCAGAGUCGCCCUGCCUGCGUAGCACAGACAACGGUGCUAUCCUGCACUCCGGCGGCACCAUCAGCGGCCGCAGACCCGCCUCCGGCCUCCAGGAGAGCUGGCGCUCGCACAGGUUCGGGCACCCGAACGCGUACAGAUCCCGGUCGGGAGGCGGCGUAGGGGGCGCGGAAGAAACGCGGUCGAGGGAACGCGACCCUCUGCAUCGCUCCUACACCAACCUCGGUUACAGGAACAACGACAAUGGCAGCAUAAAUAAACGGUUCGGCUCUGAACCUGACUUGAGGAUAGAAGAACCGCAAAAACAAAAAAGUAAUAACAAACAUUUUAGAAAAAAAUAUCGAGCGCCUCCACCGCCUAGCAACCGUCGCGAUGCUUCAUCUCCCGAUUCCAGUCUUGGAAAGGCGAGACCGGAACCCCAAAGAAAACUCAGAUUAUUCAAAACAAGAAAUGAAACCAAAAAGACGAACGGCCACUCAGACUCGAAAAUACCAACAUACAGAAACACUUACACUGAUUUCAAAUCAUUAGACUUGAACGAUCAGUCUUUCGAGCGAAGAUACAAGUCUCCUUGCAUAAGUAAGGACCAGCACCUAAAGUACCCUGACAAUAAGGACAUGAUGCAGAGUUCGGUCUCGUUGAAACGAGAAGAACGAUUGCUGCAGAACAAACAAGAGGCGCGGCGGACGAGGACGGACGUGGUCAGUGGCUGCAGAGCCAAAACUUCCAAAACUAACGACCAGAGUGAAGCGUGGAAGACGCCUCUUUUAAUUAGAAAUUUCAGGUAUUCUGAGAGAUUUAAAAAGGAUGACAGCGACCAUCCGACAUUAAGAAGAGAAAAAACUUUUGAUAACUCUCUAAUCGAACAGGAUAGACAAAACAAUGCAUCGAAUAAAGUAUUCGAAAAAGGUAUAAAGACUGCAGGAGAUCAAAAGAACGGUAAAGUUAGUGGACUAGCCGAUAGAAACCAGCCACUGAGAAAAUCUCUUCCUUCAUUAUUACCAAGAAAUGAAGAAAAAGAUGAAUUUCAAACGGAACUCAAAAAGGCUACAAAUAGAAUAAGAAACGAAUUAGGAAAUAAAGUUAAUUUAAGUGAAAACAAAACUAGUCAGCUAAAUAAAUUCAGUAUAGAAAAACCGAACCCAACGAAAACCGCAAAUCAGGCUAAAGUCAAAGAAUCUAGUCUUAAGAGAGGCGUCGCCAGCACAAAACCGGAUGCACAAAUAACUAAUAACCGAAGACCUUUAACAAAGACACAGGAUAUAAAUUCGAAAUCGAUCCCACAGAGCAAAGUUACUAAAAAUAAUGAAAUAAAUAAGUUUAAGCUGAACACAAAAGAAAACAACAAACCGAUGCCAGACAGAGGACAAGCCUCAGGCAAAGAGUCGACGCCUGAACAUUCACCGAAUAGGAAUAGAGAAAUCAUAACGAACAAUAAUUCACAGCAAAAGCAAAAAUCAGCGCCAUCUAAGCAGUUCUACUUUGGCAUGAUCGAGAGUGAGCAGUCGAAGCCGCGGGAUCACACGAAGGACUUCCCGGGACUGGGCUGCCCCAUCAUCGAAGAAUUCGACAACUUCCACCUCAUAGAGCAGAAACUGCUCAGCUAUCGGGAAGAAGAUGACUUUGAGAAGUUUAACAAAGAAUUUAGAGAAGACUGCAAAUUAAGAAUUGUGUCAUCAGAAUCGGCGGUAUCCUCCGAGGGCUCUUCGCUAUCGGAGCGGUCCCCGACAAUGGGGCGGCGCACAGCGGCGGCACGGCGCAGCAGCCCGCUACAGACGCGAGGCGCUUCGCCCAAUACCGCCUGGCGACACCUCGUCAGCGUCAUGGACAGUUACAUCAAAUCCGAUAAUACCUAUGCAACAGAUCCAGAACCGUUGGCGGUGGAGACGAAGAUGACGGCAGAUGUAUCCGCGGAGUCGUCGCCGCGUUCGGACCCGUCAGCCGACAAGUCAGGCGACUCGGGCAUCUCCGGCGACCACGCGCACAGCGACCACAGACUCGACUCUCCAACCAGGCAACAUCUGCCAGAGCCUGUGGGCGCCAACUGGACGCCGCAGCAGGACCUAGGAGAUAGCAGCUCGGAGGGCGCGGGCGCGACGGGGGGCCGGGCGCUGGAGGAGCUCCCCGCGACGGGCUUGCCCACCUACAGCCCAGGCGCGCAGCCCUUCAGCCUCUCCUUGCCGCGGGAGCUGCACGAUAAGGGCAAGCAGCUGCAGCAGGGCUUCCACAGUUUGCAGAAGUUCCGCAAGUCGGUGUCGGGCGCGCUGGGUGCCGCGCUCGGCGGCCGCAGAUUCGACAUCGAGCACGAGCCCAUGCUGGAGGAGCCUGAGCAGAACUGGUUCCUCACCAAGUCUGCCCCCAACUCCCUCAGCAACCCGCUACUGUUCCAGCCGCAUGAUUACGAUGAUGUAAACCAAGACAAUAAAAAAGAAAAGGAGGUUCAAAGCGGGUCGUGGCGCGCGGGCACCUCGUACAUGUCGUGGGGUGGGCACGUCAUGUACCUGCCACCAGCGCCCGCCGCUCAUCCCGCGGCUGCCGGCUCCCCCGCCGCUCCGGCGCAGCCACUCUCCCUCCUGGGGCCUCUAGAUAGACCCAUCAGGAGCAAGUCAAGCGGAUGCCUGGAGGCGUCAGCACGCGCCGCACGAUCCGCCCGCGCCGCGCUCGCUGGCGAGAUGCGCGAACGAGAGCGCUCCGCUUCUCCGGAGCUGGCCCGCGCAGUGCCCGCCACCGUCAGACCUGUAUCCGACCGGAAUCAAAGCGGCGGUGCGGCCGUGAGCAGCAGGGGCGGCGGCGGCAAGCGAUUCGCCUUCCAGUCGACAGUGCGGCGACGUGAGCGGCGGCGGCUGGCAGAGCGGCUGGCACGAGACGCAGAGCUGCGCGAGCAGCAGCGAAGGACAGAGCUGGAGGCCAUGAGGAGAGUGGAGGAGGAGUUCCAGAGGAAACGGGCACGGGAGAAAGCUAGCAUCCGACAGCAGCUGCGCCUGGUGAGCAGCGGCGCCACCAGUCUGCCCACGCCCACUCACAAUAAGGGUAGGGACGAGCCGGAGGGAUGUAGUCGCGGCGAAGGCGCAGGGGGCGAGAGGACGCGGGAGUCGACGCGCGCACGUCAUAGCAACCCCGCCUCCGACACCGGCAGCCGAAGCAAGAGCUCUACACCGAUCCGUUGCGUGGAGCUGUCUGAGUGGCGCACGGGGCCAACGGCGCGCGUGUACCGCGACUGGGCAGCCGCACCCGUGUUGGCACACGCCCAUGCGCACGCGCAUCCGCCCGCAUGCGCCACCAUCACACACGCCCACGCUGUAGAGUCGGAGGCGUUCAGCGGCAGCCCUCGCUCCGACAACUACCGGCUGGAGUUCGCCCGCGGCCGCUCCCCCCGCACGCCCCGCCCCCCGCGCCUCGUACCCGCCCCCGCCUCGCCCUCCUCCUCCGGCUCUGAGCUCUCACUGCGAGCGCUACGUGUCAGGGAAAGUGGUGGGGAGACAGAGGAAUCCCCACUCUCCAGCAAGCUAACUUCGGGGCCGGCGCGCGCAUCCAUCGCCAUUCGCUGACCGACCGCCGACAAGGCAACAUCUUAUGAACAAUCAUUGCAAUAUAAUAAAUACAAAAUUUAACUGAUAUCAUAAAAGUGAAUUAUCCCUACUGUAAUGUCUAAAUUGGAAGAAAUUAUCUAUUUUGUUGAACAACUGUAUCUUGUACUGUAAAAUUACUAAAUUGAAUACAGUAUUGUAAGACGAUUAAAAA